AGAGCUUCAAAUGGCGGCGCAAUGUGUGACCAAAGUGGAGCUGAGCAUUUCCUGUGACAACCUUCUAGAUAAAGAUAUUAGUUCCAAAUCUGAUCCUUUGUGUGCUUUCCUAAUGAACACCAAUGGCCAACAAUGGUUUGAGGUUGAUCGCACAGAAAAGAUUUCGAAUUGUCUAAACCCGAGGUUUGCUAAGAAGUUCAUGAUUGACUACUACUUUGAAAUAGUUCAGAAAGUGAAGUUUGGCAUCUAUGAUAUUGACAAUAAAAGCUACGAUCUGAGUGAUGAUGAUUUCCUGGGAGAGCUUGAAUGCACCCUGGGACAAAUCGUGUCUAGUAAGAAACUGACAAAACCACUUGUAAUGAAAAAUGGCAGACCAGCAGCCAAAGGAACAAUAACGAUAUUUGCAGAAGAGGUUAAGGAUAACAGAGUGGUACAGUUUGAAGCAGAAGCCAGAAAAUUGGACAAUAAGGAUUUCUUUGGAAAGUCGGACCCUUACUUGGAAUUUUACAGGCAGGCAGAUGAUGGAAGAUGGCAGAUGGUCCACAGAACAGAAGUGGUUAAAAAUAAUCUGAAUCCUGUUUGGAGACCCUUCAAAAUACCACUACGGUCCCUUUGCAACGGGGACAUGGAGAAGCCAAUCCGGGUUGAAUGUAAUGACUAUGACAGUGAUGGAUCACAUGACCUCAUCGGAAUCUUCCAGACCACCAUGUCUAAGCUAAAGGAAGCAAGUCGUUCAAUGCCAAUCACAAGGGAAUACACUUUUCUGGAUUAUAUAAUGGGUGGAUGUCAGAUGAAUUUUGUUGUUGGCAUUGACUUCACUGGAUCCAAUGGUGACCCUCGCUCUCCCAACUCUCUGCACUACAUUAGUCCUAAUGGUGUCAAUGAGUAUCUUCAUGCCAUGUGGUCUGUAGGCAUGGUCAUUCAGGAUUAUGACACAGACAAGAUGUUCCCAGCUUUUGGUUUUGGGGCCCAAAUACCACCAACGGGACAGGUAACAUAAACAUUCUCUCUCAAUCCCCCCCCAUCAAAGAGGAUAUGUCAGGGAAUUGAAGGAAUAGUAGAUGCGUACCGCAAGUGUCUUCCUCAAGUUAAACUGUAUGGCCCCACCAACUUUUCUCCAAUUAUUAACCACGUUGCUGCGUUUGCUGCAGCCGCAACUCAGCAAAAGACCGCUUCUUGGGUCCCUGCAUCGCUCUCCCCUUUAGACAUUGUGCAGUUUGUGCCAUUCAGGAAGUUUGCACAGGCUCCCAAGGAAGUCCUCGCUCAAAGUGUUUUGGCUGAGGUUCCCCAGCAAGUUGUAUCUUACUUCAACAUGUACAAACUAAAGCCACCCAAUGAACCCGCAGCUGAAUAAUAAAAGAAAACUUAGCAGG